AGAUCAGUGUACAGAAGAGACAAGAUGUGGUCUAGCAGAUCAUAUGACGAAGGACCUCAGAAUGCCUCCAGUGGUGAGUCUGGCCUGAGGAAAACAAGAGAUGAUCUUUCUGCAAGCUGACAGCAUGCGUGCGGGGAUAAGAAAGAUGUCUAUAGAAGAAAAUGUUCCUCCUCUUCCCAUUAUUCAAAACAACAGUCUCCCCAUAAAGGGGCUUCUUGUUUUUCCAGAAAAUCAGGUGUAGAUCGAAAGACCUCCCCACACAGCAGAUCUAGAUCCAGUGGAAGACACUCUACAAAACAAAGCAAACUGCAUUCUUCCCAUGGUUCAGAGCUUAGGAAGUCCAAGCAUGUUCAUUCCUCCUACAAACGGUGCAGUGAAGAAAAGCCAGAAGGAGGUAAAAAGAGACCUGGCCAGUCUUUGAAAACAUCCAGAGACACACACCCAAAAAGUUCUUCAGCAGUUCUUUCAUUGGAAAUUUUAAACAAACUCAGAAGGUUUGAUGAAAAGGGACUUCCUAAAGCUGCAGGCAAGCAAGCUGUCAAAAAGCCAGAGAUGGCAGAGGAAAGCGACUUACCUCAAAUUUCUGAGUUUGAAGUUAUGGAUCAGACACAAGAAUCCGAGUCAAACAAAACAGAUCACACAGUGUUCAUUGAUGACCAAGUAACCAAUCGCCGUAAAGCAAUAGUGUCAAAAACCAAGGAAAUUGAACAAGCCUACUACCAAGACUGUGAGACCUUCGGAAUGGUGGUGAAAAUGCUGGUUGAAAAAGACCCUUCGUUAGAAAGGUCCAUUCAGUUUGCACUUAGGCAGAAUUUACAUGAAAUAAGUGAACGCUGUGUGAAAGAGCUCAGGCAGUUCAUUGCAGAGUAUGAUGCUGCUGCUUCCUAAGAACCGGUGCUCUAGCAGAAAGUAUUUCUUGAUUGUCAUUCCAGAAUUGUAUAAAUACCUCAUAUAUGGAAUUUUUGUGAUGAAAUACUAGCAAGCAUCUGAAAUGGUGAGCUUAAAAUAAUCUUCAGAAAUGUUUCUACCUAUGGAACCUUGUGGUUCAUACACUCACCAGUGCUCAGUUUGUGGCUUAGC